AAGAUUACAAUCUCUCUCUAACCACUAAUGCUGUUUCUCUCUUUCACAGAGCCCAUCUAUGUGCCCUUCCUGAUGGUGGGCUCCAUCUUUGUGGCGUUUGUAGUGGUCGGUUCUUUAGUGGCCGUGUACUGCUGCACCUGCCUGCGACCCAAGCAGCCCACACAGCAGCCCAUCCGCUUCUCACUGCGCAGCCAGGGCGAAACCAUCCCCAUGAUCCUCACCACAGCCCCUCCCAGCCUACGCACACCAUCACGCCAGUCCAGCACGGCCACCACCAGCUCCAGCUCAGUGGGUGGAGGCAGCUCAGUCCGGCGAUUCUCCCUGGGCCGGGGUGACGGGCUGGGACAGUGUUCGCAACAGCAGCUCCUGGGUGUGUUUUACAGCUAUAGCCUCAAGCAAACGGGGAAUAUAACCAACAUUGAUUCUUCUAUGGCAUCACUGUGA